UUUGAAGGAUGAGACAAAAGAUUUCAUAUUUCCGAAAAUUGCCACAAAAAUCGCAGCAAAAAUCGCAGCAAAAAUCGCAGCAAAAAUCGCCAGUGUAAACGGGGCUUAAGAUUCCAUGACAUUGAAAGUGACCAAUGUCUAUACUUGACAUGGUGUCUUAGAGCUCCCGUCUACGACCAUAUGGGUGAUCGAUUAGUUCAGUCUCGAUUAAUGCAUCGGACUGUAUCUAAUUGCAAGGACUUGAAAUCCCGUCCAGUCCAAUUUGGAGGCUUUGAAAUGACUUCUCAUACUCAUUAAUUAUUCGGGAGGUUAUUUGUUUAGAAUUGAAAGACUAAGGGACAGAUAUGUCCCUGAACUGAAUUAAUUUUGAUCCAGUCCAAGGACAAGAUUAAUUCAGUCCUUUCACGGACUUUAGCAGGUUUCAAGUAACAUCAUGUGACCCAAAAAAUAGCCCUUUGAUUGGCUGGUUUACUCAUGAAAUAUUAUAGUAUGAGAAAGUUGGUGAAAUUACCUAAAUAAAGCGUGACACCCUGAGGUCACGAAAAUUAGCUAGUCAUGCACAAUAAUUUAUUUAAUUUUCCCGGGAAAUUUAGAACACCAUUAUUAUGAUUAGAAGCGCGCAAUAAUUGUUAGUUCAGCGUCAGAUAGAGCGUUUUUCAAUCUAAUUUUCUCGCUGAAAAUCUUGGUACGAAAUCUUCGGUCGUGUUCUUUCAAAGGACAAUGGGUAGCAAUGAUUGCAACCGGGCUGAAGAAGCAUACGAAAAGUGGCCCUUUGCUAUGCUGCUCUCUGAAGACGAUGAUGAAGUCUUCAUAACCGAUUCGUCAACAGAACACGAAGACACUGAGCACAAAAACAUACCAACAAACGAAGCAGUUUUGAAUCUCCUCUCUGGUCUAGUGGGAUCUGGUCUUCUUGCUCUUCCUUACGUCAUAUCAAAGGGAGGAGUUCUAGCUAUCAUCGCAUUAGUAUUAGUCCCGUUUAUAUGUUCUUAUACGGGAAAGAUUCUAAUCGAGUGUAUGUACGAGAGAUCUUACUACAGGCGUAAAAUACGCGUCCAUUCAUCGUACAGAGAAAUCGGGGAAGCGUGCUGGCCUGGUAAAGCUGGGAUACUAACAGUUACCAUACAGAUAAUACAGUUGGCAUUGUCCGCUUCUUCAUGUAUUGUACUCAGUGCAUCUCUUCUAUCCCACGUACUUAACUUCCUCGACAGGUCGGAACGCGAAUGGAUCAUCAUUGCAACUAUUCUGGCCCUUCCAACGGUGUUCGUGCGCAGCUUGGCCCACGUGUCAUGGAUAAAUAUCUUGAGCAUUACAACACUCUUCUCCCCCAUUGUCGUCAUCACAGGUUAUGGGUUCUUCAACAACCAACCUUGGGACUUCAAGGUUCUUCCAUUAUGGAACCUCGAGGGAGUUCCUUUAGCGAUAAGUAUCAUUACUCACAGCUACGUCGCCCAUGGAGCGCUACCAGUGAUUGAAGAAGGGAUGGAUGAUAAAACCAAGUUUGAUACCAUGCUUAAAGUCACCUACGUACUCUGUGCUGUACUCCGAACCACAUUUGCAAUUAAUGGAUUCUUUUCGUAUUACGGUAAUAUUAAUGAGAUCAUUAGCAAUAGCUUACCCCCAGGUAUUCUUAUCACCGUUAAUACUCUUCUCUUGAUCUAUUCACUACUUUGUUACCCGUUCGCAGGGAUAGCGCUUAUUCAUACCGUUGAGACGUCGUUAUUUUCAAACUACACUUUCGUUGUUUCGGACCGCCGCUGGUACAUAAUCUCGCGCAUUUCAUUGAUAGUAAGUUCUUUAUUUUUCGCGCUACUGAUUCCUCGCUACGCCGUUCUGAUAGCAAUAAGUGGGAAUCUUAAAUCUAUCUUAGGUCUUAUUCUACCGUGUUUGUUUCAUUUAAAACUAAGGGCGGGUGAGUUGAGUAUAGUCACCAUUAUUGUGGAUUUUUUUAUUUUGGCGCUUGGAAUCGCGAUAGUUGUUAUCGGAACAGUCGCAUCUGUGUUCCAAAUGAUCGUCAUGUACUAAAGAAUCUCUACUUUGAACGAUUUCUUUGAAUAUUUAGAUCUUAUUAACCGAGCGGGAGGUCUGUACGGUAUAAUAUUGACCGAGGUCGGAAUGUACAGACCGACCAAGCUCGGUUGAUAAGAGUUUUAUUAUAUGACCACUUU